AUGAAGCUCUCUAUCCUCGCCGGUGCCGUCAUUGCGCAGCUAGCCUCCGCUCACUAUUUCUUCGACGUCUUGGUCGUCGACGGCCAGGAGUCCAAGAGCCACGAGUUCAUCCGGGAGAACACUCGUCCCGAGAAGUACAAUCCCACCAAGUGGAUCAACACCCGAGACAACAUGACUCCCGACAUGGACGACUUCCGCUGUAACAAGGGUGCUUUCGAGUCCGCUGGUCGUACCGGAGUAAAGGAGGUCGCAGCCGGCACCAAGAUGGCCAUGAAGCUCGGUGUUGGCGCUACCAUGAAGCACCCUGGUCCUGCUAUGGUCUACAUGUCCAAGGCGCCUAACUUCGUCAAGGAUUACGAGGGUGAUGGCGAGUGGUUCAAGAUCUUCGAGUCGGGUGUUUGCGACCCCAGCAAGGACUUCUUGGGUACUGCCUGGUGCACUUGGGAUAACGACAGGAUUGAGUUCACUGUCCCUGCUGAGGUUCCUGAGGGCGAGUACUUGAUUCGUUCUGAGCACGUUGGAAUCCACGGUGCUCACGGUGGCGAGGCUGAGUUCUACUACGGAUGCGCUCAAGUCAAGGUCACCGGUGGCGGCAACGGCACCCCUGGCCCUACCGUCAAAUUUCCCGGCGCAUACAAGCGGGACGACGAGUCGUUCAACUUCAGCAUCUGGGGUGGGUACAAGGAGUACCCCAUGCCCGGCCCAGCUGUCUGGACUAGCGGCAACAACGGUGGUGCUCAGUCUCCUGCUCAGACUCCCACCGAGGAGACCACUUCGCCCGCGCCUUCUUCUGAGCCUAUUACCAGCGAGGCCAUUGCGCAUAACGCUGAGAACUGCAACGGAGGCAAGACUAAGCGCGGUCGCCGUGCUUUCCGUGAGUCUCUUCUUCGCAAGGAGUAA